AUGAACAGGAAAAAGAGGAAUAGUAGUUAUAGCACCCCGCAUGAUUACAUGAAUAAAGAAUAUGGAGAAGGAGAAGGAGGAGGAGACAUCACAUCCAGACACAUAUACCUAAAUAAUAAAGAGAAGAAUGAAAACGACACAAAAGAGAAUAGGGGCCCAGAAAAUUUCGAUAAUUUUGGAAGAAAAAUAUGGGAUAAAGAUUAUUUUAAAAAAAAAGCAGAAGAAAAAACAACAAACGAAGAAGAUGAACUAAUAUUGAAACUACUGCCAGAUUUAAACAAAAAGAAAAACAUUCCUCCACCUCUUCCACCAUCUGAAAGGAAAUUGUUAGAAGAAAGAAAAGAAAUUCUUUCACUUGAUAAAAAUUUAGGAAAAGUACAAAUAAUAACACAAAAGACGACAAAAGAAGAACAAGGAGGAUAUUAUUGUAAAAUAUGUGAUUGUGUAUUGAAAGAUUCUCAAACUUAUUUGGAUCAUAUAAAUGGAAAAAAUCAUAACAGGAUGCUUGGGUAUAGUAUGAAGGUAAAAAAAGUUACACUUAACGAUGUUGUAAAUAAACUCAAUAUUCUCCGUGAUGCCAAAAGGAAGAAGAGUUAUGAAAAUGAUGACCACAUUGACAUUGAUCCUGAAGCGCGAGCAAAAAAAAAAUUAUUAGAUUUGCAACAACAGGAUGAAAUGAAGAUGCAGAAACGGAAGGAAAAGAAAUUCCUUAAGAAAUUGGAAAAGCAAAGAAAAAUUCAGGAACAGGCAGGACAACAGCCGGGACAGACAUCCACUUCAAUAGGAGCAGAAGACCAACAUGAUGAUGAAACUAUGCAGAUAAAGGAAUUAGGAUUACCAACAUCCUUUGUAUGA